AGAUGGCGGCGGCCAUGCGAGGCCCGGGAGUUGCGUGUGCGCAGCGGGCGGCGGCGCGGCCCGGGAGACAGGCGCGGCGACGGCGCUAGCCCUGCCCUCGGCCCCUCCUCACGGCCACUCCCUCCGCCUUUCCCGGCGUCGCCCGACAUGGACCUUUCCGUGGGCCCCGGCGCGGCGGGGCCCAGCAACGUCCCGGCCUUCCUGACCAAGCUGUGGACCCUCGUGAGCGACCCCGACACCGACGCGCUCAUCUGCUGGAGCCCGAGCGGCAACAGCUUCCACGUGUUCGACCAGGGCCAGUUUGCCAAGGAGGUGCUGCCCAAGUACUUCAAGCACAGCAACAUGGCCAGCUUCGUGCGGCAGCUCAACAUGUACGGCUUCCGGAAGGUGGUGCGCAUCGAGCAGGGCGGCCUGGUCAAGCCCGAGAGGGACGACACCGAGUUCCAGCACCCGUGCUUCCUGCGUGGCCAGGAGCAGCUGCUCGAGAACAUCAAGAGGAAAGUGACCAGUGCCUCCACCCUGAAGAGCGAGGACAUCAAGGUGCGUCAGGACAGCGUCACCAAGCUGCUGACGGACGUGCAGCUCAUGAAGGGGCGGCAGGAGUGCAUGGACUCCAAGCUCCUGGCCAUGAAGCACGAGAACGAGGCCCUGUGGCGGGAGGUGGCCAGCCUGCGGCAGAAGCACGCCCAGCAGCAGAAAGUUGUCAACAAGCUCAUUCAGUUCCUGAUCUCGCUGGUGCAGUCCAACCGGAUCCUGGGGGUGAAGAGAAAGAUCCCGCUGAUGCUGAAUGACGGCAGCUCUGCACAUUCCAUGCCCAAGUAUGGCCGGCAGUACUCCCUGGAGCACGUCCCCGGUGCCGGCCCCUAUGCGGCCCCGGCCCCGGCCUACAGCGGCUCCAGCCUCUACGCGGCAGACGCCGUUGCCAGCUCCGGGCCCAUCAUCUCGGACAUCACUGAGCUGACCCCCUCCAGCCCCCUGGGCUCCUCAGGCGUGAGCGCAGAGAGGCCUCUAUCCAGCAGCUCCGUGGUGCGAGUUAAGGAGGAGCCCCCGAGCCCGCCCCGGAGCCCUCGGGUGGAAGAGGCGAAUCCUGGGCGCCCGUCAUCUGUGGAUACCCCCUUGUCCCCAACCACCUUCAUCGACUCCAUCCUGCGGGAGAGUGAACCUGCCCCCACGGCCGCCUCAGCCUCAGUCCUCCCGGACACAGGGGGCCGCCCCCCCUCGCCCCCACCCCCCUCCGCCCCUGAGAAGUGCCUCAGCGUAGCCUGCCUGGACAAUGUGGCUCGCGCUCCACAGAUGUCUGGGGUCGCCCGCCUCUUCCCCUGCCCCUCCUCUUCCUCUCUGCAUGGCCGAGUCCAGCCAGGGAACGAGCUCAGUGACCACUUGGAUGCCAUGGACUCCAAUCUGGAUAACCUGCAGACCAUGCUAACCAGUCACGGCUUCAGCGUGGACACCAGCGCCCUACUGGACCUGUUCAGCCCCUCGGUGACGCUGCCUGACAUGAACCUGCCUGACCUUGACAACAGCCUGGCCAGUAUCCAGGAGCUCCUGUCUCCCCAGGAGCCCCCCAGGCCUCUCGAGGCAGAGAACAGCAGCCCGGACUCAGGAAAGCAGCUGGUCCACUACACAGCGCAGCCCUUGCUCCUGCUGGACCCGGACGCCGUGGACACAGGGAGCAGCGAGCUGCCCGUGCUCUUCGAGCUUGGGGAAGGCUCCUACUUCUCCGAAGGGGACGACUACUCAGACGACCCCACCAUAUCCCUGCUGACAGGCUCCGAGCCCCCCAAAGCCAAGGACCCUGCCGUCUCCUAGAGGCCCUGGGGGGAGCUGGGCCACCCAGGGCCUGCCCACCGCCACCCCCAGUGCAGGGCUGGCUCGGGGCAGCUGGACAGGCGCUUGGGGUGGGCAGUGCCUCCAGGCAGGAGCCAGAGUUGCCUUUGCCCCUUCCCGGCAUCCAGAGGUUUGGUUGGAGCUUUACAGCCACACUUGGACUGACCUGCGGCUCGCUCAGAGCUGUAUUUUGGAUUUUUACAUGAGGGUACCCCUCCCCUUCCAGACACACAGGUGGACAGACGGAGAUGAGACAGGCAGAGAUGCUGUAUAAAUGGACAGGCUCUAGGCUGCAGCCUCUGUGUGCUUCCUGCCCCUGGUGGCGAGGCGGGCGGGCUACAGUGAGGAUGUGCAGGGGGAGGGCCUUCCCUCCAUGUGUGGGCACCCAUGGUGCUACUCCCGGGCCCAGGGAGAGGCCCCAGCUCCCCAUCAGGCUGUGUGCAGGGGAGUUUGGUCUGGGAGCUCCGCAGCUACUCCCAUCCUGGCAGGCCCAGGACAGCAGAGGCGUGGGCCGUGCAGUA